ACUCAGUCUCAACCAAUGACCUGAAGCUUCUAGGCUUUUGAUAUUGGAGAGCUACUGCUUUUUUAAUCCCUCUUAUUCUGUGAAUUAUAAGUUCUUGUCAGAGCAGCUACUGGAUUUUCUGUAUCUCCAGCACACAGACAACCACUGUGGACUCUCCUGACUCUACACUUAUAAAUAGGAAUUCUGGGGGCCCAUUUUUCUUUAUCCCAGGCAUAAAAAAGUGUCACACGGCAGAUAUCCCUGAUCCAGUUUGGAAGGAUGCCCUGUACAUGUGGCAUAAAGACCUUCUCACUCUGGUGAUUCGCUACCUUGUCUCCUGGAACAAACCCCUGCAGGAACUUUCCCGUGUUGAUCAGCCUGACCCAGAUUAUCUUCUUAUUCUCAGAACUCAACUACUGAUUAUUAAUGUGAGCAGCCACAAGCUUCAACUAAUGCUAAAGACCAUUAUUAGGCAGGUUGACCCUGAAAACUCAAACAAAUUGGACUAUGCUUCAUGGUCGGGACUUCAAUACCUGCGGUCAUCUGAUGAAGAAUCUCGCCUUUUCCAUUUGUAUAAUACACUAUGCUGCCUGCUGUUUGAUGUACCCUAAAUUCGCCCUUUUCUCCUGAUUCUGGAGCACCGAUAUGACCCCGUGACAUCUGCUAACCCCACAUCCAUCCCUCCUACUUCUGAGGGGACUUUUGUGAUACAUCCUUUGCAGAGAUUAUUGUGGAGUCAUGGCUUUGGAACAUAUGCUUGAGUGUAAUGGUUAAGAUGCUGCUUCUGAAAACCCUGAAAUCUUACUGUUUAGCACUGUCAACAUCUUAAAAGUCAGUUUGUCAGUUUCUUUUUUUAUUUCACAGAAAACCAGAAGAAAACAUA